CUGAGCAUGAAGUCCCUUACGCACAAAUACGCCCCAGCCUAAUGACAGAAUGUACCACUAAUAGGAUUAAAUACCUUGUCAUCAGAUAAGUCGAACAUGGCAAAAUCCCUGUCACUCCCAGCAAUUAGAUCAGAGCACAGCCCCAGCGCUUCCCGACGCGGGCAGCAAUUUUGCAGAAGAGGUGUUUCAGUAUUAAUGAAAGAACAUGAAGUCCUCUUGGUUAUUUAUAAUACACUUGCUAUGGCUGAAUGGUCACCAGUGUGCACCGACCAGGCAGGAGGAAAUGAACCUCCGGGAAAACCUGAAGACUUUAUCUGAAGUUGGGGAGAAAUACGUAGAUGAAGAGGUAAAGAAAGCUUUGAUUGGUAUUAAGCACAUGAAAAUUAUGAUGGAAAGAAAUGAAGAUAAGCACAUAGAUCUGAUGAAAACUUUGAAGAAGAGCAGUGAAGAAAAACAGGAAGCCUUGCGACUUAUGGAUGAAGUAAAGGAAAGAUUAGAAGAAGAAGAAAGACAAUGCCAAGUAUCUUUGAAAAAUCUAUGGGAUGAAUGUGAAUCUUGCUUAGAAAGUACCUGCAUGCGAUUCUAUACGACUUGCAGACGUGGUUUAUCAACAUUUAGAAGCAAGGUUGAAGAUUUUUUGAGGAAAAUACCUCCACUUAUUUUCCCUUUUCAUGAAGAUCAAGGAAAAGACAUCCAGAUUAAUGAAAAGCCUGAGAAAGAGGAUACUCAACUAGUAAAAAUGGAAGACCUAUUUAGCCAACUGUUAUCAGACAUGGGCUCAGUGUUUGACAGAAGUUUCAUGUUUUUCAAGCAGAUGCAAAAAGAAUUUGACCAAUCCUUUCAAACAUAUUUCAUGUCUGAUCUGGAUUUGAGUGAAUCCCCCAGCAUGCCUGCUUUACCCGAGGCCACUACCAGAAAUGAUGGCUUACAGAAAGACUGGGGUAUACCCGCCUUCCUGCAGACAGUCUUUGAUUUCAGCAAGACAGUGUUUGAAGGUGUCAGUGAGGUGAUUACUGAGGUAUUCGAUGAAUACAGAGAUAAUAGAAGAGAUUUGCCAGAACAAGCCAAAGGUUCUGACAGGGGUGGCAUGUUCUCGAAAAUUGUGUCAGGACGUCAAAGGACUCUGUGCAAAGAGCUUCGAGAGAAUUCCUCUGGAUGCACACAGUUUCAUGAGAGAUGUCAGAAAUGUCAAGACAAUCUUUUGCAUGAUUGCCCAAAUGUUCCUGAACUGCACAUGAAGUUUGAUGAAGCCUUUAAGCUGGUUAAUCUCUCUGGUGAGCAGUACGAGCAGAUUCUCCAGAUGGUUCAGCGUCAUACAGAAGACACUUCCUACUUGCUGAACAAAAUGAAAGAAAGAUUUGGGUGGGUGUCUGAGUUAUCCAAUAUGACCAUCGGACCAGAAAAUAUUUUCAAUAUAGUCAAGGUGGUACCUGGAGAUGUUUCUGGAACAAACGAAACCGUGGUAGAUGUGAAUAUUUUGACUUCACCUACUUUCACCAUUAAAGUUCCUCCCCACUUAGACCCAAAGAGUGCAGAAUUCAUUGAAUACGUAGCUGGAAAAGCACUGCAACUAUAUAAGCAGAAUUUUUAAGUGGAACGAAGAUGUGGGAAAUCUCAAUCCCCGAACUCUCCUUAGGUGAAAUACUCCUAAACUAAAUGUUCAGCUAUUUGUUAAAUAACUACAGUUAAAAUAGUUGCAUAUAAAUAAAACUUUGCUUAAUAAAUACCGUGACAUAUGAGCUAGCAACCGAUGACUGUAGCAAUCUUUUAAUUGAAAUACAAAUUCAAGCCCACUUUGAGAGACAUUUAUUUAAAUAAAAUGUUGUUUAUGUUAUGUAUUAGGUGAUCUUUGAGGAAUCAUGUAUGGCUCCGGUUAUGCAAAGAUUUAAGGAAAUAAUUAGCUGUAAACAUGCAAAUAACUCCUAUUUGCAUACUUAAAUUCAAGGCAAAUUUUUAAGCCUUUUCAAAAUUGUUCCCUAAAGAUACUGCGUAUUCAGCUAAGCCUGAAACAACCAGAUUACCAUAUGCAUAUAGCAUAUUAUUUUCCAAUGAAAAUGCCCCAUUUCUUCUUCCAGUUGCUUUUGAUGUUUGUAACACACAUUAAAUGACUUUUCUGAAUAUGCAUAAAUGAAUAAGUCUUCUGCCUUUAGCACUUUUUACUUGCAGUUUGCCUUUGGAGCCAUAAUUAACAGGGAACCCUUUAUCAGAAAAGAUGUUUGUCUUUUCCUACAUUGUUGUCUUUAGCUUGCAUGGUAUUUGCAAAUUAUAUUCACUAAAACAGAUACAGCUCUCAGAAGCAAAGCUCUAGGUGUUUUGGUUUUAUUGGCUGUGAUUGAACAUUUUUGCACACAUUUACAUUCACCAUUUCCAACUGUAUCUUUGCAAAAUAAAAUGUAUGCAUUUCAAAAUG